GACACAUUCACCCUUACAGGUGCUAUAGGCUUGACUAUGUAAGGUUACUCAUUCAGAAUGAUACGUUAUACGGUUGGAGAAGUCAGGCCAAAGUAUAAAGUUGAAUGGACCAAGGAUUGUAUAAACAAAGGUGAUUCGAAAGAGCCGAAAGUGUAGGGUCAUUUGUAUUUUUAAAAUGUAGUGAGAAAAAUAUUGUUUUUGAUGACGACUGGCUUAUUUUAAUCAAAAUUAGUGUGGCUCGUUUUCAUAUUCUAGACAAAUUAUUCAAAACGUUUUGGCGCCUUGACUGGAAGUCCCUACUGUAACAGUAUCGAAAAUCAUUACGUGUAACUUUAUUAAUGCAAGUUUGUUUUCCUUAUUGCAGGACAACAGAAAGUGAACGUAUUAGAAGAAGAAGAACAAAGCUUGCGCAAACUAAACCUGCUGGAUGAUGAGUAAAACUAUUUUGUAACAGACUUCUCUUUUUGUACAAAAACCGCGUAUUUCAAUUUCUAAUAUAUCUCUGUUGUGCUCGCACGCCGUGUUCUCACUUGAGUGGCAUCUGCCAGUCCUGACUGUUGUGUUGUGUUUCAGAUUGCUCCUGCCUGCAGGUAAACGCUAAGAGUACGUGCUACACUACAAUUAACCUUGCUUAUGAAUGGUAGGAGUGAGGCUACUGUGAAUAUUGUUUUUUUCACUUUUUGAUGCGUUAUGUUGAUGGCAAACAUAGAUCUGAAACUGAAGUUGAGGACUUCAGAACAAUCCACACUGAACCCUGCAGUUUGUUUAGUUCUUGCAUAUCACGAAAAAGUGAGUUUAGACUGAAGUGAGCAUAUGUGAGGUGAUAUCUGCCACAUCUCUUUGACCUAUCACUUCGUUGAAGGGAACAGUUGUCAUGAAAUAUAUAGAGAUCCGAAAUCUUUCUGGUAGUUCAUGCUUCGGAUAUCAUUAUAAGUGACAUUUGUUAAAGGGAAGCAGACAGGACUAUAUCUGUCUUCUUUAUUGCAGAUCUACUCAGCGUUGAUAUAACAUGUAUUAAACAAACGGCUUACUAUGUUCAAGAGGGUGAGUGUAUCUUGAUAUAUUGUACAACUCUAAUUUAUGCUAUUUUAUAAACUGUCAGACAAUCGCUUUAUUUCUGUUUCAGUAUUUCAGCGAAAAAUCUUUAGACUUGGGAGAGGUAAGACGUUCUUGGCCUCGAUAAGCGAAUUAGCGCUAUGGAUGGUGUAAUUGCAGAAUGGGAGAAGUUUGAAAAUUCUAAGAAAUAUGAAGAAGCAUACUCUGUAGUAUCCAAUGCAAUAAUUGAUAACAAGGAUCCUGAACUAUACUGGAGGAAGGCUCGUAGCUGCAGAAAUCUAGCUAACUCACUGGGUAAAAACGAUAAACAAGUGUAUAAAAAGUACAUCGAAGAAGGUCUUUCUGCUUGUGACGAAGGGCUCCGAAUAGAUCCAGAAAAUUCUAAGUGCAACUCCUGGUACGCAAUAUUUCUAAACUUAUCAUCAGAAAUUGAGGGAAUAAAUAAGCGGAUAGAAAAUUCUUUUAAGAUGAAGGACCAUUGGAUGAAAGCCAUAAAAGCAAAUCCUGACGACGUUGUUACAUUGCACGCUCUUGGGAGAUGGUGUUUCGAAGUUACAGAUCUCCCAUGGAUAAAGCGAAAGCUUUCCGCUACAUUUUUCGGUGAACCACCUACGUCUACCUACGAAGAAGCUCUUAACUAUCUCCUUGAUUCAGAAAAAAAGGCUCCUGGAACUAUCGUAAAAAAUUCUCUUUAUAUAGCAAAGACGUACCACAGGUUAAAGAAUUAUGAUCUGGCUAAGCAUUAUUGUCACAAAGUGUUAGAAUUUACGGGAGAUGACUUGGAUACUGAAGAGGCAAAGAAGGAGGCGUCUGAGCUGUUAAAGAAACUGUAGUGUUUUCUUAUCCCUUCAAUUAAUUGACAAGAUAUCGUAAUAGCUUAUAUUUUUCUUGACAUUUAGUUUUUAAAUCAAUUUUUAGUAUCAUUAUCUGUAAUGUAUGUUGGUGUUUUUGGCAAUAUUAUGGUAACACUUUCAUUCAUCCUUUCUGAAAUUUGUUAGCUGUUUUGGUGGUUGAAUUGAUUUGUAUUACUUAAACUAAUGUAGGUAACUCCAACUGAUGAGUCCCGAAUAGAACGAAGCGCGCUCCCUGAAUCCCAAUGAUGGCCACCAUCUAUUCCGGCUUAUAAUGUCUUAAUGAAGGUUUUGCUUGAUAUCCUAAUGCAAAUCAGUCUUGUGUGAUGUUAAAAAAAUCACUUGGUCUGCUUAUCUCGUAUAAUUAUUGCUAAUUAUUCUUGUUAGUACUCAAUUCCAUAAGAUAACGAUACAGUCGUCUAAACCGAUGUGAAUUUUUGGCUUAAACAUAUCCUACAAUCUGUAGGACGUUUGAUUUCUUCACUAAACCGUAUGUGGACGCCAGUAUAUGAAAUGAAAAUGCACAAAAUUCUUUACAUUUACUUAUGUGUUUCGAUUAAAGAGUUCACCAGCUUGCAAAAACAUGUGUGUCUCACUCACUGCCUUUUAUAUUAACUCAUUUUGUGAUCUGUACUUAUUCAGUUUUCAUUUUAACCAAUUCCAAUUCAUCUACUUCAGAUUUGACAACUGGCUAGUAUCAAUACUUUUCAGAAAAUAAGACUUGUGACCCGAACUUGAGUAAAUCCACUAUGCUGAACGGGUUACGUAAUGGCAUUCAUACGUACGUAAUGCAAUCACGAUAUUCAAAGUGUUCAAGAAAGUUUAUGCAUCACAUGCUCCCAGGCACUUCC